AUGCUGCGCAAUCUCCACAGGGUGCUGGCAACCAUCGUUGCGUUCCUCUUCAUUUCCAUGAUGGAAGUCGCCUACCGUUACAGGUAUCCUAUGCAUGGUUCCAGUUUACAACAUUCUGAAUCUCUGGCGGCAUGCAGACCAAAAACAGACAUCGUGUUCCUCAAGACCCACAAGUGCGCCAGCUCCACGCUGAUGAACAUCUUCCUCCGCUACGGCAUGAAGCACGACCUCAACUUCGUCCUGCCCAAGAGCCCCCUCACCCACUACAUCGGGCAUCCAACCCCUUUUCGUCAAUCCUUCAUCGAUGACAUCACCAAGUACAACAUGUCUUUCAACAUACUCACGCACCAUAGUCGUUACGACGGCAACGAAAUGCGCAAAGUCAUGCCGCGCGACACCAUGUACGUGACGAUCCUCAGGAGACCAGACAGCCUCUUCGAGUCCCUGUACUCUUACUGCCGCCUAGCGAACUCCUACAAGAAAAAUCUCAGCGCGUUUGUGGAGGACAAGAACCUAACGCGUGCCCUUACGAGAAAGCGAGUUGUAGACGAACGUUUAGGAUUCAACCAGAUGUCCUUCGAUCUUGGCUAUACCGGCCCAUUGAAGUCCAAUCCUAAACUAAUAGUAAACUUUGUCAACUCAAUCGAUAAAGCGUUUGAUUUGGUGAUGAUGACUGAACGGCUGGACGAGUCACCCAUCCUCCUGAAGCAUCUGCUCUGUUGGAACACGUCGGACGUCGUGGCUUUCAAGAUCAACGCUCGGUACGCCGAAUACAAGGAGGCCCUCUCGCCAGAGGUCAAGCAGAAGCUGACAGAGCUGAACCACGCCGACGUGUUGCUCUAUCGCCAUUUUGAGAAUGUGUUUGAACGAAAAGUGCGGGAGUUCGGUGUGCAUCGGAUGGCCACGGAGGUGCAAGAGCUGCAGCUGGCGCGGAAGGCGUACUACGCCAAGUGCGUCAAGGCAGAAGUUUCCAUGGAAGCCGUGUCGGUUCAGCUCAAGCGGAAAGAUGUUAUAGCGUUCAAGUUGAAAAACAAGAGUAAGGAAUGUCUUCACCUCACCAUGAGUGAACUCGACUUCCAUGAGCUGGUGAAAGAGAAACAGAAUGCUAGAAUUAGUCAGGUUCUACAUUCCCGAAUAUCUCGGUAGGGAACCUCAGAAAACUGUCGAAGUGCCAGCUCGUCGAGAGUACACAGCGAAAGGACCAAGCCCAAGGACUGGGGCAAAGUGUAUGGAAGAGCAAAUGUGUGUACAGUUAAUUUAGAAGCAGUUUAUAGUUUUUAUUUUUAGUUCAGUUUCUGUAUCUUGCUCACAACU